AUGGCUUCUCAUAUGAAAAUCGAGCCUAUGGUCCACGAUGUGGGCUCUGGGAUCAACUUUGGAGCUCACGUCUCCAAUGUUGACUUGGAAAAUGCAUCAGAGACCGACAUGGCCAUUCUUGUAGAGGCCUGUUAUCGGUACCAGGUCCUGGUGUUGAAAGGCCAAGGGCAUUUGUCACCGCGAGCUCAUUACGAGUUCACAGAACGCCUCAAUUCAGCUGCUGCGAUGGGUCACGGCAAUCAGCACAUCAACAAAGCCUCCCUCCUCAGCCCAGAUCUCAACACUGUUCCACACCAGUCGCAGGUGCAGAUCAUUGGAAACGGCUUCGUGCGCGAGCAUCAAGGUGCCAAAGACCUCAAGCUCCGAUACCCGCAUCACCGUUCGUCACACUCCACCAUCAUCGCUGACCAGGACGACAUGGAAUUCACCCGCUUCUACCGCUGGCAUAUUGAUGCUGCGCUGUACGGCGACCCCCUUCCCAUUGCCACCACGAUUCUUGCUGUGACUCUGCCCAAAAGACGCAUGCAGACAGUGCGGUACGACGAUGGCACGGGGGACGAGCUGCUGGUUCCGCUCGGCACAAUUGCGUUUGCUAGUGGUGAAACCAUGUACGACUUGCUGUCGGAGGAGGACAAGGCAUUUGUCCGAUCAACCAGGGUCGAGUAUGCCGCUCAUCCAUACAUCUGGAUGGGUCGGGCCAAGUCUCAUCCCACAGGUCUAGGCCUCAUCUCCGAAGGCAAAGAGCUGGAUGAUGACCAAUUGCCGCCUGUUGAUCCAGCCUCGAUCCAGAUCCUCCCCAUGUGCUGGCGAAACCCCGUCACGAAUCGCCUAGCGCUCCAAGUGCACUCCGCUCGGGUUCGUGAUAUUUUGUAUCGGCUGCAGAGACCUGGAAUCGCGCCACAGUUAGUGUAUGCACAUGACUGGGAGGAAGGAGACUUUGUAAUUUUCCACAAUCGAGGUCUUCUCCACGCCGUUGUCGGGUCGCUGGCAGAGGAUGAAGUUAGAAUAAUGAGACAGUGUAUUAUUGCAGGAACUGAGAUGCCUGAGGGGCCAGAGGAAGUUGUGUAG